AUGUUGAAUUUAGAAAAACUCAGUUUAUAUCUUAUUGUUCGUAACAAGGACACAUUUGUGGAUGGCAAUGAUUUGAAGAAAAAUGUUGUUAAAAUUAUGCCACGAUUAAAUCAGUGUCUAUUUAACAUUAACUCAAGUAUUUCUCUUCGUAAUCAAAUUAAUUUACCAUCGAAUGAAGAUAUUCAACGUACAUUCAAAGAUUUUCCAAAUAAUCAUAUUAUUUCUUGUGUUGAUCACUCCUCUGAAAUUGAGCGAAGUGAAUGCCAUAUUUAUUCAUAUCCAUAUACACUGAAACGUUACGAACACAUAACCAAUAGUUUUCCAGGUGGAUUCUUUAAAAGUGUUUGUGUUAUAUCAUUGUUUGAUGAGCGACCUUUUGAACAUGAAUUUUUUCUUCGAAUUGCUCAAUCAUUUCCAUGUUUGAAAGAAUUAACAUGA